CCUCCCCCUGUCUAGAUUUUUUUUCACUCAACCUCUCAUUUGACUCAGAGGCAGCUCACACACACGAACUUGCGCACAGACCGUGGAAAAAUAGGGGCAGAAGAUGGCUGACUUAACAGGGCAACGCAAGCCCUCAACGGCAUCACCAACUUCACCCGGGCUGUUCCCCAGCUUGACAUUAGCCGUUGGGCAACUUUAAAGCGGCCCCGCCUCGCACUUAUCCAGUCUACCCCUGCCGCAAAUAUUGACAGAGCCAUUAUAAAAAAUGGCAGAGAUGGAAAAAGAGGGCAGACCCCCCGAAAAUAAAAGAAGCAGAAAACCGGCUCACCCCGUGAAAAGGGAAAUCAACGAAGAAAUGAAGGUAAGUGAUCAAUAUUGGACCACUUGGCUGUGAUUACGCAUGGAAACAGAGCACUCAUUAAAACGCGUGAUAUCUGUGGAUGCGUAAAGCGCGCAUCCUCUUUCACAUUUUAGAGCAGACCUGAUUCAUUGAUGAAAUUUAUUGGACGAAUAGCGAAUAAGUUCAACGUCAUAUUUAUUUUUGGCAAUUCAUUGAACCCAUUCAUAGUCCAGUGUUCACAGCAUGUUGAAUAAAAAUGGAUAGGGUAGAAUGUCUUGCCAUGCGUUAUAAUACAGCCUAGGCUACACCGUCUUUGUUGUUCCACAUAGGCCUACCAGUAGCCUACAUUUACUUUUUGUCAAUGAAUGGGAAAACAUAUUCUGGAGAAUUAGGACCCCAUUAUUGUAAUUUGUGUGGUUUUCCUUAGCCCACAUGGUUCCUUUGGAGUAAAUGGAAAAUCCAGUGCGUCAGUCAAGGCGUCAACAGUGCCACUAUACUAUUACUACCGCUACUCCCGCAGAAACAACACUUAGCGUAGCCUACGCAUUUAAAAUAAAACAGCGUUGGGAGACUAUCAAUAUCUAUUAAAGGAAAUACACUUAAUGCAAAUGAUUAACGCUAGACAUCGUCUAUAGACUGCAUCGUGAACUCAAGCCAAACGAUAUCUGUCCUUUCCAGCUGUGGACGAGCCGAAGUGCUAGAGGUGUGCUUCCAGAUGUGUGUCUACAGACGCCGGACAAGAGCACAUUCUUUAUCGUGCGAUAUACUGUUCUGCAUACAUUAUAAGCCUACCCGAUGGUACACUUAUGCUUGCCAUGUAUUGAUCCAAAUAUUUUGCAGUAAGAAAGAUGUGAAGAGGGCAUGGCAUGCAGGGAACCUAUCGCUGCUUUGUCUCAGGGUUCAUUGUUUGUACACAUUCUAUGCCUGGGUUGAGAAAAAUAAUUGCCAGUACAUAAUAAAUCCCAGAGCAAAGUCAGAUAUGGGCCUAUUGUUAGAGUAUUUCUUUUAUUUUUUAUAUAUUUAUUUAGAGGAAUUAUGAACAAAGAUUUUCAGGAAAGCCUACAGACGUUUUGGUGUAAAUCAUGUCUCUUCUCGUCCAAGAGGUGUGUGUACUGGGUUUCAGAGAAACACCCCUUUUUCUCUUGCAGUGAAUUGUGUGGAGGCAUGCUAAAUACAGUAUUUGGAUUUGAAUAUUGGUCUCAUGCGUGCUACAUUCAGCCCUAUUGCAUUUAAGAUGCCAUAUUUAUUUAUUGGUUCAUUUUAAUUUCUACAAAUUGAGUGGCAUAUCAACGUGAAAUUACGUGGAAACAACGUCAAUUCAACCGUUGUGUGCCCAGUGGGAGGCUAUGGACCAACAAGCAUUCUAAAUGGGAAUUAUUUUGACUAGCACAGAAUGGUAUUCUGCGAAUGUGCUUUUGUUUCUUUGUCUCCAUCAAUCAAAUUAUGAAAUGCUGUCGAAGUGUUUAAUGAAUUUCAUAGUGUGUUAGACAGACAAAGUUGUCUGCACUGUUGGGAAAAUGACUCAAUUGUCAUAUCCAUUCUCUGAAGUGACUGACUGACAGCAGUUGUAAAAAAAAAUACUACUCAGAGCAAGGCUACCACAUCCUUCUGUUCCAUCUCCUCAUCAAUGAGCUUAGUUUAAGGCAUGGAAGGUGCAACAUCUACAGUAUAAUUAUCAGCAUAUGGAGAGCAUUCUGGAUGUCUCCUGUAUAACCAAAUAUACCAUUAAUUGAUUCUCCUUCAACAUUGAAGAACAGCUCCAAUUCAGAUCUGUUGGCAGCCAGACAACAGCAAAAGUCACAGGUGCUGCUAUACACCCAGGCAUACUCUUUUUUUUUUUUUUUUUUACUACAUUAAGUACAAUGUACAUCUUUCAAUUACUGCUGUGAAUUCCAGUUCUAUGUCAGCCUUUCCAGAUAUGUGAUUAUCAAGGAAGUGGUAAUAGAAUUAGAGACCGAUCAAAUAGCGUUCCUAGCAAGUUUGAAGCUAUAGGAUGUGCUGUAGUGUCAACAAGCUGUUCUUGACCAUCAAGACUCUUAUGGGGAAACAAUUACAAUUGACUUUAUGUUGUCUGAGAUGCAGUAAUUCCAUCUUGGAAAACAAGGUUUACACUUUGCACCUGGUACUAAAUCAAAUCUGACCCUGAAAGUGUUCAUGGAUUUUAUUAUUUAUGCCAUUUACAGUGCCUUCAGAAAGUAUUCAUACCCCUUGACAUAUUCCACAUUUUGUUGUGUUACAGCCUGAAUUCAAAAUAAUUCAAUAUAUAUUUUUCUCUCACCCAUCUACACACAGUACAAUAAUGACAAAGUGAAAAUCUGAUUUUAUAAAUUUUAGCUAAUUUAUUGAAAAUGAAAUACAGAAAUAUUUCAUUUACAUAAGUAUUUACACCCCAGAGUCAAUACAUGUUAGAAUCACCUUUGGCAACAAUUACAACUGUGAGUUUCUCUGGGUAAGUCUCUAAGGGCUUUGCACACCUGGAUUGUACAAUAUUUGCACAUUCUUAAAAAAGUAUUAAAGCUCUGAAAAGUUGAUUGUUGAUCAAUGUUAGACAGCCAUUUUCAAGUCUUGCCAUAUACUUUCAAGCUGAUUUAAGUCAAAACUGUAACUAGGCCACUCAGGAACAUUCAAUGUCAUCUUGGUAAGCAAUUCCAGUGUAUAUUUGGCCUUCUGUUUUAGGUUAUUGUCCUGCUGAAAGGUGAAUUUGUCUCCCAGUGUUUGUUGGAAAGCAGACUGAACCAGGUUUUCUUCUUGGAUUUUGCCUGUGCUUAGCUCUAUUCCGUUUAUUUUUAUCCUAAAAACUCCCUUGCCGAUGACAAGCAUACCCAUAGCAUGAUGCAGCCACCACCAAGCUUGAAAAUAUGAAAAGCGUUACUCAGUGAUGUGUUAUGUUGUAUUUGCCCUAAACAUAACGCUUUGUAUUCAGGACAUAAAGUUAAUUUCUUUGCCAUUUGUUUUUGCAGUUUUACUUUAGUGCCUUAUUGCAAGCAGGAUGCAUGUUUUGGAAUAUUUUUUAUUAUGUACAGGAUUUCUUCUUUUCACUCUGUCAUUUAGGUUAGUAUUGUGGAGUAACUACAAUGUUGUUGAUCCAUCCUCAGUUUUCUCCUAUCACAGCCAUUAAACUCUGUAACUGUUUUAAAGUCAACAUUGGCCUCAUAGUGAAAUCCCUGAGAUGUUUCCUUCCUCUCUGGCAAUUGAGUUAGGAAAGACGCCUGUAUCUUUGUAGUUACUGGAUGUAUUGAUACACCAUCCAAAGUAAUGAAUAACUUCACCAUGCUCAAAGGGAUAUCCAAUGUCUGCUUUUUACAUUUUUACCCAUCUACCAAUAGGUGCCCUUCUUUGCGAGGCAUUGGAAAACCUCCCUGGUCUCUGUGGGUGAAUCUGUGUUUGGAAUUCACUGCUCGACUGAGGGACCUUACAGAUACUGUAAUUGUAUGUGUGGGGUACAGAGAUGAGGUAGUCAUUCACAUAUAAUGUUAAACACUAUUAUUGCACACAGAGUGAUUCCAUGCAACUUAUUAUGUGACUUGUUAAGCACAUUUUUACUCCUGAACUUAUUCAGGCUUGCCAUAACAAAAGGGUUGAAUACUUAUUCAAGACAUUUCAGCUUUUCAUUUUUAAUUAAUAAAAUAUAUAUAAUUCCACUUUGACAUUAUUGGGUAUUGUGUAAAGGCCAGUGACACAAAAUCUCAAUUUAAUCCAUUUUAAUUUCAGACUUUUAACACAACAUGUGGAAAAAGUCAACGGGUGUGAAUACUUUCUGAAGGCACUGUAUGUCACAGUGUGACAAAAUUGUUACUGCUAAACAAAGACCAAUAAGACUAGCGGAUACAGAUGACAAAGUAGCCCUAGUUCCACGUUCAGAAUAAGAUGCAGUAUUUAUCUCAAAAGCCACUAUCUUCAACAUUCUCUGCCAAACAUGCUACAGUAUAACUCUCUCCCUUAACCAUAAACUGAAGGCCUGUUUGCUACUUUAAACAUUUUGCUACUUUUCUUUCUUUGUUUUCUCCCUCUUCUCUCGUCUGUUUGAAAAAGCAAGAAAGACAAAAAACACCACACAAUGUGCCCUUGUGAGAGAUCAUACCUCAAACAGUCUGACAGUGUUUCCUUCAUCUUGUGCCGCUUUAAUGUGCACCAUGGUAAAAUAAGCCACAGUAAGUAAUCAAGGAGAUACUUGGUGGGAUAGGGGAUAGUGCAGGGUAAGAGCAGGGGAGAAAGGAAUGUAUACAGCAAUAGGCUGCCUAAGCUGUAAAAACUGAAACCUGAGCGUCUGCACAGGAUCAAAUAUCAAGGAAGGUAGGGGGAAAUGAAAGCGGAGCAGUGGGAGAGAGUCUUGGCUAGGAGAGUCUGAAGGAGGGCCUACUCAAUGAGACUUUUAUCAUGGUGUACUGUGACCUACUCUGGUUUCUGUCCAAGGUAUCAGAUUCCCGCUGCUCGCCCCUACCAGCACAUCUUGCUAACUGAAGGAAACAAGCUUUUGUAUAAAAAUAAUAUCAUUAUUCUAAACAGCUAAAGUUUUGUCUGUUCCAAAGUUGAACAUUGGCAGCAAGUCAGUGUUUUGCAGAGCUGUGAUUGGGGUUGAAUGGUGUUAUUUUGUGACCAUUUCGUAUAAAUAAAGUUUGUUCAUACUUCUGUUUCUACAUUGAUCACUUUUGAUCUCUGUUGAUUCAACUGAUUGAGAGGUUGAUGGUUAGUUGAAUCAGGUGUGUUAGUCCUGGGCUGGAACAAAAGCCUGUAGGACCAGGGUUGAAGGACACUCUGUAGGACAAGCGUGAUGAAUUGGAUAGCUUUAGAGGAGGUUUAGUCCAGUCCAGAGAGUUUGCACAUUUGCAAUGAACAGUUGACAGUCAUCGUCCAGACAGCACCAUAGCACUGCCUCCUAUCUCAUCAAGCCUGUGUGCUGCUUUCAUGACCUGCCAUACAGAUUGGGUUCCACUCUCUUUACCACUCCCUCUUUCUGGAAGUGGCAGGGUGACAGAGGGGACAGGGAGCAAAGAUGAGGGCAAACUUUCUUGAAGAUGGAGAGAGGCAGACAGAUGACGGUUGCUGGCAUUAUACCCUUUCAUUUAGUUUGAGUAAUGUGAUCCAGUCACAUCUGGGUCAAACAAGCACUUAGUCAAUGGGCAAGCAAGAGUCAAUGUUCUUCUGUAACAUGCAAAAACCUCAGAAGUUGUUGAAAGAAGUAGCGCAGCAGAAUGGAACCAAGACAAUAGUAGUGACCACAAACUCUUUCAUUGAACCUGUCUCAGGCAAACUUCAGUUGGCCUUUUGUGUUUGAUGUCAUGAUGUCUUAGAUUUUGUUUUCACUAACUAUUGAUGUGUUUAUAUGUUUUGAGCUCCAUAAGUAUUGAUAUCGAAUGGUGAUGAAACUCAGACAUUGUGUCUUUUCAUGUUAUGUUGUUGUGAGUGUAAUGACUAAGAAGUCUCAGCGAAGUGGUGGAUAUGCCUCACAGCGUCCUUAGUGACACCUAGUGACUGGAUUAUUAAACUGCUCUAGAGGGGCAGAAAGGCAAAAAAAAAUUAAAGGGCGGCUGAUUUUGCCUCAUUUUAGAUUUGGUAUAUUAAGACAGGGUUUCGCAAACUCGGUCCUGGGCCCCCACCCCUGGGCGCACAUUUUGUUUUUUGCCCUAGCACUACACAGCUGAUUCAAAUAAUCAAAGCUGGAUGAGGAGUUGGUUAUUUGAAUCAGCUGUGUAGUGCUAGGGCAAAAACCAAAAUAUGCACCCAGUGGGGGCCCAGGAUCGAGUUUGGGAAACCCUGCAUUAAGAAAUGCUAGUGGCCAUGACUGGAUUCAAACAUGGGUUGUCGCUUGUGUGUGUUCGCAGGUGGGAAGAGUUAGCCAAAUUAUUUAGACAAUUAGCUUCAGCUGGCUGGUGUGCGACCGUGGCAAAGUUGGUUUGACUUUGAAUAGCUUCGGGGCUAGUUAGGAACCGUCAAUAAAUUACACAAUGUAAAUGAGACAACAUUUUCAUGUUGCACACCUUUUAGUUUUCUCAUUAAAUGCUUUCAAGAUUUGUAUAUGAAUUUCUAUGAUUUAUAGUUGGUUUGAGGUUUUUAAGUCAUAGAAAUUUGGAGCUAUUGGAAUUUGAACAUAUUGUCCCAUGUACAUUGUGUAAUUUACGGAUGGUUCCUAACUAGCCCCAUAGGGAUAUUCAAAGUUACCACAGGCAUUACCAUCGGGUCUCGUGCAGCUGCACUCCGAAUUGAUGUUGGGGUAACUCACCUCACCCUGGACGAAUGUGUUGGACCAACUGAUUGUAAUGAAUAACCUCACUUAAGGGGCCGGUCAUUCCUGCUAAAGACUUGCAGUAAUAUCAAUGGAUGUGUAGGCAACUUUUGAAAAGCAAUUCAUCGGUUGGGGCACAGAUUACAAAUGUCAUAAAAAACCAAAAUGAUUAUUGAUUUGACAACAAUAUAGUAGAUGUGAUAUGAAUAUAUACAUGAUCGGCAUGUGAAGCAGCUAGCCUGGUAUUGUCUCAGUCUGUUCUUGGUGUAAGAUAUACGUUUAUCAGUGCUUGUAUUUUUAAAACAUUGCCUUUUUUCUUUGGCUAAAUGUUACUUGUAUUUCAUGCCUUGUGAUUCCACGUCUGCAGUUUUUGAUUCCGAGCUGAUGUUAUAACUGAUGUUGACUACGCUUUCAUGUAAUGAAAUUACUUCCCUGAUCCAAUGGUAUUGACAGGGCAGCCUGUAAUUGACAAUUAAAUGCUUGAUUGAGUACUAUUUGAUUGACAGUUCAAUGCCAGAAUGUAAUGAAAUGACUCGUGUCUCAUCAGGUUCGGGCUGAGCGGGCCCACCCAUGGGCAGGCAAGGCGGGUGAUCUCCAUGGCAACCCGCCCUACUCCAUGGUGAGCCCCUUUGUCCGUGCCAGAUAACAGUGCUACUCUGAGCCAUAUAUAUAUAUAUAUCGAGAGAGAGAGAGAGAGAGAGAGAGAGAGAGAGAGAGAGAUUGUCCAUUGAAAUUUAAGGCAAAAGGCUGUAUUUAUGUCAUUUAUAUAACAUCACAUAAUUCUAUGGCAGCUAUAUUAAUGUUUCCUGGGUAGCCUAACAUUCACUAAUUAGAUAGCUAAUUGAACUGUUAGCAUUACAACAUGACCAAACUCUCUCUACAUACAGUUCUGGUGCUACUAUGAGAGUGUCUGAGAUUUUCAGGUUUAAUGUAUGAGGGGCUGAGGGUUCUGUCUUGAUAGAAUAACACUAUUGUGCUCCUUACAUGUAAGGAUGUGAGGUGGGGUUGAUUGGAUAUUACUGCCUGUGUAGAUUUGCAGUGGAAGUGCAAUGAAAAUAAAUCUGUGGUAGUGCUCAGUCAAGGUUUGAUGGGUUGGGAAUUUUGUAUAAUGUAUGAUACGUAGACAAUGUGGAAUUGUUGUGCUGUGAUCAUUAUAGACUAUUUGUGGACUGUAACAUGCUACUCAUCUGGAUUGCUUUUGGAAAUCAACUGUAAAAAGCUAUGAAAGAACUAUUAGAUUAGUUUGAUCAAGGCCUCAAUUUACCAGCACACAGUCUGGGAUAAGUCAACUGUCAAGUUGUCCUGAUACAGUAUGUGUGCACAUAUCUCUAGUUAGGAUUCUGCCAUCAGUGAAUAAUUGCUACUGGGAAUAUAGUAAGCAUUAUUGUGUUAUGGUUUCAGGAAAUUGGAGCAACCCGUUCCCAUUUCAUAUAACAAGCAUAUAAUACUGCAUUUCCUUUAUUGUGUGUUUUCGGGGGUGGGAAACCUUGUUCAUAUGCAACCAAACCCUUUUAUCCCUCAUUGCACCCCUCAUUACACUGUGAUGUAAUAGUGAAACUGGGUUCAUGCUUGUUAAUCCUAAUGGCAAAUAUUGUGUCUCUUGUCUUGCAGAGUUUUGCGGAGAACACCAUGAAUGAGCUGCUGGGCUGGUAUGGCUAUGACAAGGUAGACCUGAGAGACAACAUCGACAUACGGAACUACCCAGAUGGAGAGGCACAACAACACAUCUCUGUCCUGAAAGGUGGGCAUCACCAUGGAGACAAAUAUUUAUUUAUCUGGUCAUUGCAGUUGUUGAUUCAUUGAAAAGGCUAUUUUCUGUGCACAGGAGCAUACUUCUUAAUCUAAAAAAUAAGGUUUUGCAAGUGGUAAUACAAGUGAUGUAAAAUGUGACAUUUACUGUCUGUGCUGAGUUGAAAACUCCCUCUGGAGGGUCAGGGACAGAGGCUGGGGAAAGUACUGCUGCAACUUGGCAGUAGUUUACCAUGAUUGAUGAGGCAAUUCAGUCAGGCUAUCCAGUUCAAAACCUGCUGUAGUUGCAUCAUCCAAUCAUUAUGGUGUAGUUGUGUUUCAGCAGGAAACUGCACUUUCCUUUUCUAUUGGUGAUUAAACAGGUGUCUCUGGAAUCUCUACAUGGUGAAUCCUGAUUAUAAUGUUGGAUACAAUUUGAGAAAUUCACGUCAGGUAUUGAGCAAGCAUAGGGCCUUAUCAAAUCAAAGCUGCUAACCGGGUUUCCAAGGUAACAAAAAGGACACCCAUCUUGCGUCAAAAGCAAAUUUGUUUGGAUUCAUGUACACACCACAACAAUGUUUACAGUUUGGAACAAAAACUAUUCUGCAAAUCUUUCAGAGCUGCACUGCUGAACUGAUCAAUGAUAUCCAUUUCCAUCGGUUUACAUACAGUAAGUCAAGAAAGACCAACUUUUGUCUCCCUCAGAAAACUCUCUGCCAAAACUCCCAGGAGGAUCGGGGGAGAACAGUGAUGUAUCCCCAAACCAAGCCAAUAGCUCCCACUCUACACCGACAUCGAGGAACGGAGUGACAGAGUCCUCCACCACCCCUUCCACCUCCACACCCAGCACCAGGGAGCAUGGGAACAUUCCCAUCAUAGUUCCACUGAUCCUACCCCCCAUGAUCAAGCCACCAGCAGGUAAAACACCUCACACACACCUAAAAACAACAUAAACAUACUGUAUGUGUUUAAGCUUGCACUUUAAGGACUAUCGGAAUGUAUCCUACAAUCUAAUACGAAAUUUACAAAACAUUGGUAUACGAAUCUAAUGAAUCACUGCCAUUUCAGUGCUUAAAUCCACGGUCAGUUUUACAAUCGCUUGAUAAAUGAGGAACAAUGGUCCGUAAAUACAUACACACACACCCCGGUUCUCCUCCUACAACUGUUUAAGUGUCAGUAUCACCUGGUCAACUCUCAGUGGAAAUGUACAGUUGAAGUCUGAAGUUUACAUACACCUUAGCCAAAUACAUUUAAACUCAGUUUUUCACAAUUCCUGACAUUUAAUCCUAGUAAAAAUUCCCUGUCUUAGGUCAGUUAGGAUCACCACUUUAUUUUAAGAAUGUGAAAUGUCAGAAUAAUAGUAGAGAGUGAUUUAUUUCAGCUUUUAUUUAUUUCAUCACAUUCCCAGUGGGUCAGAAGUUUACAUACACUCAAUUAGUAUUUGGUAGCAUUGCCUUUAAAUUGUUUAACUUGGGUCAAACGUUUCGGGUAGCCUCCCACAAGCUUCCAACAAUAAGUUGGGUGAAUUUUGGCCCAUUCCUCCUGACAGAGCUGGUGUAACUGAGUCAGGUUUGUAGGCCUCCUUGCUCGCACACGCUAUUUCAGUUCUGCCAACACAUUUUCUAUAGGAUUGAGGUCAGGGCUUUGUGAUGGCCACUCCAAUACCUUGACUUUGUUGUCCUUAAGCCAUUUUUCCACAACUUUGGAAGUAUGCUUGGUGUCAUUGUCCAUUUGGAAGACCCCUGACUGAUGUCUUGAGAUGUUGCUUCAAUAUAUCCACAUAAUUUUCCUUCCUCAUGAUGCCAUCUAUUUUGUGAAGUGCACCAGUCCCUCCUGCAGCAAAGCACCCCAACAGCAUGAUGCUGCCACCCCCGUGCUUCAUGGUUGGGAUGGUGUUCUUCGGCUUGCAAGCAGUGGCGGCUCCUGAAAAAAUUCUCAGGAGGGGCAAUUUUUCUGAUGAUUUAGGUGACCUACACACAUUUUAAAAAAAGAUAUGUCCAGCAACAACAUGAAGACAGGGGCAGCAUAUAAGUCAAUACCAGAAGCAUUUAUUGACUGAUCUCAAAAGUGUUGGCUUACCAGGGUUGGUGGAGCCCUCAGUUUCAUCUUUGCCUCGCAAAGCUAACUCAAACACUCCGCAAAACUUCACACACUGGAUUAGCCGGCUGAGGAUGUGGCGGUUCUUGCUAAUGUCGUAGUAAAUAUAUUUGUUAUAGUGAAUAUGGAAUAUGAUAUGUUGAGUAAAAUGUUGUGCUAAGAUCUAUUUAGGUCAGGAGCUGGUUAUAAGUUCUGUUCCUAUCCAAUAACAAUGGACAAAAGGGUCCUAUCUUGUCAGCCUUGUCAGCAGGUGGCCAAGGACAACACCCACGCCAUAGGCCUCUCAGUUCUUCCAACUCACGAGUUCUUGCUCUGAGGACACACACACACACAAACACACACACACACACACAUCAUCACUGUUAAACACACACACACACACACACAUCAUCACUGUUAAACACACACACACACACACACAAAAAUCCCCUCUCUUAGGCUGAACAUUUGAAGACAGAGAACCCGACUCAGAGCCAAUGCAACAGUGACAGUAGCCUGGAGGUGACCUCGCCCAACUCAUCAGGACCAAUCAGAAGAUCAGAACUACUAGAUUGAACCUACUUCAUUUAUUGCAUAAAAUGUCUGCACACAAUGUUUCGGGGCUCUCUUCAGAUAAUAAUAAUAAUAAUAAUAAUAAUAAUAAUAUGCCAUUUAGCAGACGCUUUUAUCCAAAGCGACUUACAGUCAUGCGUGCAUACAUUUUUGUGUAUGGGUGGUCCCGGGGAUCGAACCCACUACCUUGGCGUUACAAGCACCAUGCUCUACCAGCUGAGCUACAGAAAGUGGAUACUCAUGGAUGCGCAUUGCAAUUGUAAAAUGUCAACACAAUUGGAGACACCACGUCAUUUUUGGAGACAUGUUAUUGACAGUAAACUAUUGUAGAUGCGACUGCUAACUAAAUAAAACAUUUUAGCUGGCUAGCUAAUCAUCUUAGCUAAAUGUGGGGCAAACAAUUCAGUUAUUUACCGUUAAUUUGAGGGAUUGGGGUGAAAUAAAUCGAGUUACAUAGUGAUACUUUACGAUAUACUGUAUUGACAAUAUCGCAAUAUUUUAGCGCUAGUUGGCUGUACCUGCACCAAAACACCAUUAUUGUUCCUUCAUAGCUUGUUCUCAAUCUUUUCACAUUGGGAGCCAAUUAGUUUUCAGCACUUUUAUUUCCAUGACUGAUCAAAACUCGUUCUCAUGGCUUUCUGAUCCCUCUGCAACAGACAUAUGGUGCGCAAUAAAAUCACAGUAUCGAAUCGCAAUACGUAUAGAAUCAUGAGACUCGCAAUGCUGAUGCAUAUAUCUUAUCGUGAGGUUCCUGGCAAUUCCCAGCCCAAGUUCAUUUGCCACAACAAAUCUCUUCGCUAGCAAACGCUAAUAUUUUGGUAAGUGAUGCAAAUAGUGAACUAUGUAGGGCCAGGAUGUAAAAUAUAUGUAGCUGCAGCAAUUUCUCUUAUCUGAUAUGGUAAGUAAUGGGGCUUCAUUUAUAGCUCCCUAAGAGUUUGACGAACGGGUCCGUGAACGCGAUUCCAGAUAUAUUUACCUCUGAAUAAACUGCCUUUAUUACACCAUAUCCACAUCCAGUAAACUUGUGAUUAUCAACACUAACCUCAUCGUUGUGGCGGCGGACAGCUAGCCUGUAUCCCUCGUCAUCCAGUUGAGUGAGUGGCAAUGUCUUUUUUCGUUCGUACCAAUUUUUGGAAAAUCCUCGGGUGUAGGACUUUCCGCCUUUAGUAGAAACCUGUUGAAUUAUUAAAUUUGGUCUGGGAGGUCCUAAUUGUUUCGUUGCCAAUUUAUCUUAAUUUGUUCGCCGACAAAAAGGAACUUCUUUCAAAGACACAAUCGAGUUGGACUGAAGCCUAGCCAUUUUGAUAGUAGUAGUGAAUUGAUUGAGGCUGCUACCUGGUCUUUUCUUAGUUACGUUCAUUCGUGGUUACGUUAUGUAUGACGAAAGCGCGUAAGUGCAAGCCCACAGACACCCAUAGAGAAUGUAUUGAAAGCUUUGAAAUGUGAAACAAAUAGAUUUUACAUGACAGGCUAUGAGAGACUUCUGGGCGAUUUUCAACCUGACUGAAAUCGCCCAAAAAACGGGCGGGCCAUUUGAAGCACGACUUUAGCCUGAUUUGACAUUUAGUGGCUGUCAGAUCAGACGUGAACACUGAUAACUGCUGUUGCCGUGAUAUAAUUUUUUAUAAAUUUAUAAUUUUUUUAAAUUAUUUUUUAUUUUUUUAUUUUUUUUAUAAUUGAUUAGAAAAAAAAUCCCUUCCUUUUCCCGUUUGGCAGUGCGUCGCCCAUAUCGCCCUAUUGAACAAGCCGUCCCUGCUUGCAAGCAACCCCCUUUUUCCUCCCAACAUAACAAUGGUCAUUAUGGCCAAACAGUUCUAUUUUUGUUUCAUCAGACCAGAGGACAUUUCUCCAAAAAGUACGAUCUUUGUCCCCAUGUGCAGUUGCAAACCGUAGUCUGUCUUUUUUAUGCCGGUUUUGGAGCAGUGGCUUCUUCCUUGCUGAGCGGCCUUUCAGGUUAUUUCGAUAUAGGACUCGUUUUACUGUGGAUAUAGAUACUUUUGUACCUGUUUCCUCCAGCAUCUUCACAAGGUCCUUUGCUGUUGUUCUGGGAUUGAUUUGCACUUUUCGCACCAAAGUACAUUCAUCUCUAGGAGACAGAACGCGUCUCCUUCCUGAGCGGUAUGACGGCUGCGUGGUCCCAUGGUGUUUAUACUUGCGUACUAUUGUUUGUACAGAUGAAUGUGGUACCUUCAGGCGUUUGGAAAUUGCUCCCAAGGAUGAACCAGACUUGUGGAGGUAUACAAUUUUCUUUCUGAGGUCUUGGCUGAUUUAUUUUGAUUUUCCCAUAAUGUCAAGCAAAGAGGCACUGAGUUUGAAGGUAGGUCUUGAAAUACAUCCACAGGUACACCUCCAAUUGACUCAAAUUAUGUCAAUUAGCCUAUCAGAAGCUUCUAAAGCCAUUACAUAAUUUUCUGGAAUUUUCCAAGCUGUUUAAAGGCACAGUCAACUUAGUGUAUGUAAACUUCUGACCCACUGGAAUUGUGAUACAGUGAAUUAUAAGUGAAAUAAUCUGUCUGUAAACAAUUGUUGGAAAAAUGACUUAUGUCAUGCACAAAGUAGAUGUCCUAACCGACUUGCCAAACUAUAGUUUGUUAACAAGAAAUGUGUGUAGUGGUUGAAAAACUAGUUUUAAUGACUCCAACCUAAGUGUAUGUAAACUUCCGACUUCAACUGUACAUGGACAGAGGGCUUCAUUGAACCACAAGUGUUGCGUUAUACUCCAGAGGCUCAUCAGAGGAGAGUGCCAUGGCAUCACCCUAGAGGCAUCCUCACAGCCUCACACAACCUCACACAGCACAGGGGGAAAAACAGAUGGUAUGGUCCCUCUCUCACAGCUCAACACCAACCUCCCCCACUCCCCCUCCCACCGCCCAUCCAACUUGUACCCCUUUUGAAUUAUUCAUAUGCCCUGCAAGAGCAACAGAGGGGCUUUUGAGGUGCAGGUACACUGGAUGAUAGAGGUAUUUAAUAUGGGCGCUGCAUAAUUACAGUACAAGGCUCUCUCCGAGCAGAUGUGAGUUGUUUAAGGAAACGCAUAACGAGAGCCGAGAAAAAGGCUAGAAAUAUCUGAACGCAAAACAUACCACCUCAAGUGACCUUUUCAGACGCUCUUAUCCAGAGUGAAUUACUGGAGCAAUUAGGGUUAAGUGCCUUACUCAAGGGCACAGACAGUUUUUCACCUAGUCAUCUCUGGAAGUCGAACUAGUGACCUUUCGGUUACUGGCCCAACGCUCUUAACCGCUAGGCUACCUGCCACACUUCAACUUGUUUGUUGUUGCCAAAUAUUUUAUUUCAUUACUGCCAGGUUACCAUGGGACUUUUGAACAUAGAUUUUCUAAAACGAUACAAUAAUUGAGGUAUGUAGAGGGGGAACUUCCCCAGGAAUAUUUUGUAGAAAGAAAAAAUCAAUAUUUUUCACUGGAGCUCUUCUAUCUAUCACACCUGCCUCUACAGAGAGCUCUCAAUAUGGGCCAUGCAGCAGGAGCAUAAAAUAUGCAUGCUGUGGCCACGGUGCUAUUGUUGGGCCUCCCGGGAGUUAUUCCCCUUAAUUGAAAAUGUAUUUCCUUUAAAACAGAUUUGCACUAUAGAUCCAUUAAGCUUAACAAGAGGGGAAAAAAAACCUUCCCAGUACCCACCACGGUGUGAUAAGGGAGUGAGCGGAGGUGAAAGACUAAUGGGCAAAAACAUUUUCACCUUUGCACACACUUAGUCAUAAUGUGAUAAUUGUGAGUCUCACAGGAAGAAGUCUCUCCACAUAGUACAACACUGAGGGGCUAAAAAACCAAUGUCAAUUACCCAGCAACCAUUGUUUAAGAUGAGAGACCCAUUUGAUGUCAUGGAGGGUGUUUAGUUUCCAUGUUCUAAUGAAUCUCCAAUGAAGCCCUCUGCAAUUUAAUUAGGUAGACUUCAGCUGAAGAGUUUUAAAAUUUCCAACCAAUUUUUGUCCACAGAGAUUCCUUAGGGCAUCUCUGUCUGGUUAGAAUGUCUCGAACUGCCUUCAUGACUGCAGCAAAAAAACCUUGGGGUGGGAAGCACUGUCCUCUUUUGCCUGGAAGGGGAAUACUGUCAGGAUGCAUUGUUGGUGGGAUCAUUCACACGAUGAGACUUGACAGGUGGCUGUCAGAUUGUUUAGGGUGGGAGGGGGUGGGAGUUUGGCUGGAUUGUUAUCCCGUUAUCCUCACAUUGUGUCCGUUUUGUGUUUGUGGUCUCCCAGACGAGGAUGUGUCUAACGUCCAGAUCAUGUGCGCGUGGUGUCAGAAGGUUGGCGUCAAACGCUAUUCCCUCAACAUGGGCACUGAGCUGAAGAGCUUUUGCAGUGAGAAGUGCUUUGCCGCCUGCCGCAGAGCCUACUUCAAGAGAAACAAGGUAAACUCCUUCUUAACACUCCUAUCACAUUAAUAAACCAAAUAUGCAAGUGCACACAAGACCAUGUGAUACAUACAUGUACUGACAUCAUUUCCUCCCUACAUCCACUCUUCCUGAUUUCUCAGAUUAAGAUGCCGUAGGACACUUGUCAAUCCUUAGGAAUUGUAGUGACCAGCUUUCAGCUUUGUACAGUAUCUCCACUAGAUGGCUGGGUGAGGAGCCCAAAAGCAUAGGUACUUUGGAUAUUUCGCUCCUGAGUUUUGGCCUUUCGCUUCUGAGUACCCAUUGUAGUAGAUUAACACGAAGCCAAUAUCAAUCCUUAGCUUGUGGUUUCAUCAUUGAACAUGCAGAAACACGGUUUCAGUCAUUUAAACCCUCAUACCCUAUGCAGAUCAGUUGACUUUCAAACAUGCAUUGGUUCCAAUUAUCAGUAUAUAUUAUCUUUCCAAAGACAGACAGUCCAUUAAGUUAAAUAGUGUUUUAAUUUGUCCUGAUUUCUGAAGUUAAACAUUCUGCUUUCUUUCUUAUACCUAAGCUUGGAUAUGUAAGGAAUUACAGUGUAAGUAUGAUAUGUUUUUAUUCAUGUCUUUAUUCCUUUCCCUUUUUUCAUCCAAACAUAAUCACUUAGCAUAGCGCUGUAUGCUACCGGCUGUUGAAAUGGAAGUAUACAUAUGUCUGAUAAUUUAAGAUGCUGUACGUGAAUCCAGUUUUUUUCUGUUCACACUAUCUAUUUUCAUAGCAUGAGUUGCCUUGUACCUGCUGUCGUUUCUCCUAGGUUUAAGUAUUGCUAGUUGUAAAGUGAAAGUUCACACUAAAAUCUAAGUUUAUUUGACACUUCUAUGAGUGCUGUAUGUAGAUAUAUAAAUAAAACCACAACUGAAGAGAUAUUGCAUUUCAGUGAGUAAGGACCAAAGUGAAGAGCUAUCCAGGGACAGAAUUCCCACAUUAGGAAAACAGACAUGGCUAGAGCACAGAAAGGCCUUGUCUGCUGAGGUGGCGCAGAUUCUAUAUUAUGUCUCACACUCUUACAUUCAUGCAGGCCAUUUGUGUAAGUGAUAUCCACAUGUUUAUUUUUUCAUGCACCCACAAGAUUGGCCACAACUCCAAACCCUCCAGUUUUUCCAACAAAAAAAAUGGCAUGGCUGAAAAUGUAUCAUGUCUGUUUGUGUCUGAAAGGGGAGCAAGGACAUAGUGAGUAAGGUGGCAUGGGGUGGGCAGUGGAGACGCAUCGUGUUUCGCUAAAUAUCUACAGCUGCCUCGUCCGCGUAACCCAAUCUCCUCUUAUGGCGAGCGCGGGUGGGUAGGAUUCAGUUUCUUCCAUUGCCACUGCACAACACCAUCCAUCCAGUGCACCAGGAAUAAUACCAACAUUCAGACAUAUGAUGGGGUGGUUGGGGGAAGAUGAGUUUUGAUCCAGUUUUGAGCUCAUCUAAUGACUAGUCUGGUUUAUUUCACAUAGACAUUCAAGAUAGACAGACACACACACACACACUCUCGCUCAGCCCUCCCAUCACAUCAUGUAAAAGCACUAGAGAGGGUAAAGUCCAAGUGAAGAGACCCUAGCUUGUAUUUUACAGCCCAUUUCUGUGCAAUACGCCUCUUUUUUUUCAUGGCUCAGGAAUCUUUCCAUACACCUCUAGAGACCUGUAAAAUUCCAUCUCUGUCUUUGUCUCCGAGGUCCCUCCAGGCAAGUGCUUCUUUACGUCACCCCAGUAUUGUCACAUCACCUCAAACAGACACAAAUCUUUAUACACAGGCUGGCGGUUGCCUGCACUGCUCUGGCAUUUACUUUAGGAAGACACACUGAUUAAGAUGUUUGUGUGUGUGUGUGUGUUUGAUUAAGUGUAUUACCAGUCCACAUUGUGAUUCAGUCCUGGCAAGGGAACCUAUAGGCCCCCAUGUCGCAGCAGGAGAGCAUAGUGAGGUAGGUGAUUAUUUCAUAGCUGACAGCGAUUAAUACCAAAAAAGGGAAAGGAGGAAACUUAGAGAGGAGUUUGCGGGAAGAAACUGGAGCUUGAACUUGCACUACACAGAUAUGGUCAUAUCAUGCUCUCUCGUCCUCUGAAAGUCUAACUAUCCCAGCUAGAUAGCUUCUGGAUUUAAAAAUAUAAUUUUUUAAGGUUGAUGAUCAUUAGAAAUCACAACAUAGAGGUUUGGAUGGACCAAUCAGCGCACCUACCGACAGAAUAAAUGUUUUCAUUAUUUAGCUGUUAGCCAGAUAAAUAAACACUGACAUCCUAGAACAUUGUAAUAUGACAUGAAGAUCACUUUUACAACAGCAGUACAGUACAUAAGUUACUUGACUAGUAUAAAAAAGCUUGUUAUCCCACAACCAAACGGGAACAAGAAGAGAAUGUUCAAGGAACAUUUCCUGUUAGCUGGGUAAUCUAAUGAGAGGACAGAAGGAGGGGGUUGUCCCAAAGAUGUGUGUUGUCCCAGGUGGGUGGAAAGUUGUGAAUUUGUGCUAGAUGUGUUUGAUUAUGUGUGAGUGUGUGAUGGGACGUCUCUAUGAUUGUCUGUUUCUUGUUGUUGUGGGUAUUUACAUUUGAGUCAUUUAGCAGACGCUCUUAUCCAAAGCGACUUACAGUGAGUGCAUACAUUUAUUUUAUUUUAUUAUUAUUAUUUUUUUCAUACUGGCCCCCUGUGGGAAUCGAACCCACAACCCUGGCAUUGCAAGCGUCAUGCUCUACCAACUGAGCUACACGGGACCACGGGUAUGUGUGUGUAUAUAUUUGUGAGGGCAUACCUUUUGGGAAACACACCUCUUGGCAGGUGAAACGCACACACACCUGGGCAGGCACAGAUGCCCAGAUGGAGGCUUGCACAGCGACAGCUGGUGUGCCAAUGCCUCUGGGCAUUUUAGUCACCAAUGGGCACAGAUACCGGUGGUGUAGAACUGUGAUGCCAUGUUUGCACGAGACACUUUAGCCCGACUGCAACUGUAUUUAGUUGCCAUGGUGUUGCCAACAAUAAGACAUCACAUCUCUUUACAUUACAUCUCUUCUGUGUUAACAAGUGUUACUGAAUUUUCCAGGGGAAUAAGGUGUGGUAAUAUUUGCGUAAAGUAAAUAUCUAAUAGCCAAAAGGAAGAGUAACUUUUGAAACAGCUUUCCAUCCAAAAAGUGGAGAGUGGGACAUCGUCACCCAAAAUCACUGCAACAGCAACCAAUGAUUAGAAAUGAUGGCAAAUGCAAUGAUUCUAUGAUUUUUUGGAAGGAAAGUUGUUUCAAAAGGCAGCUUGACUUCUCUGGAUGGACAAAUGUUUUACCCAUGGCGGGUAGGCACUUUCGUAGCCCAUGUCUGGGUUUAUCACCAGUUAGUUUUCCUUUAUACUCUCAGUCUCGUCAUACAACACUGUUGUGCCUGAUUCCCAGUAAAGGACGUGGUGUCCCCAUUGUAUGACUGUACUUUCACCCAACACUGUGUCUGGUGCUGGUUGAUCUCUCUCUCUCCUUCGCGCUCUCUCUCCCUCUCUCUCUCUGUGUGUGUGUGUGUGUGUGUCUGUGUGUGUGCCCCUCAUGCCUUGUUCACUGUGCCAGCACCUCAUUAGCACUAUAUGUAAAUGAAUUGGCACAGGGCCAGAGGGUCACAGCACAAAAUGGAGACUGGAUAAUGACACAAUGACACAUCUGUGUGUGUGUGUGUGUGUGUGUGUGUGUGUGUGUACAUUUCAAUGCUUAUCGAUUUGACUGCACAGUGUCUAGUGCCAAAGUAAAAAGAGAGAACAUCCCAUCAACUCAGUGGUGCUGGUGGAUUUUUAAAUCCCAUAUCCUCUUUCCUUUAAUCUUUAUUUCUGGGACAUUGCUUGUGAUAUUGUUAAACAGUUGUUUUUCCUUGGAAGUCUUUAAAUAUGAUUAAUGCAGCGUUUACUCCCCGGAUAACAGUGUUUAGAUUAAUGUGCAAUCGCAUAGAAUUCCCUCUUUCACAGUUCAUAAUGAUAAAGCCAAUAUAACAUCUAGGCUCUUCAGCUGUCAAUGUGAACAAUUAACUAUAGUUACUACACACACACACUUUCCACAUGGCUUUCUUUUAUGAUGAUGAGAACCUGCAUAUGAUUCCACAACCCAAUGCAUGCUCACCAUUUUGUCAGUGUCUUUCCAUUCAUAAGUUUGUUGUUGUUUUCCCUUCUUCUUUUCUGUCCACCUGUUUAUUUUGUCAGUUCGUAAAAAGAGGCCGUUGUUUCUCCCCUCAGGCGAGAGACGAAGACGGCCGUGGUGAGAAAUUACCCCAGCACAGCUAUUCUAAGGAUACGCCCAGGCUUGUCUUCAAGACAAACAGCGAUGUGCUUGUAAGGACUAAAACGUUUAACAAAGACAGAGUUUAAGUUUUUGAUGGCUAGAAAUGUAAUGACAUAUUUUGAUAUUCAUGACUGUUUGAUGUGUUGAAUAAUGUAAAGAUGUUUGUUUUUAGAGAAUGUGCUGUUAGCCUUUAGUUAUAUAUAUUAUUAUUUUUACGUUGAUUUAAAGUGAAUCACAUACUUUUUUCAUUCAAAUUGUUUUAUUUUCUCAUUUUCAUUCUGCAUUGUGUUAGAUUCAGAUGUUGUGUUCUCUCUUCAUAGAUCCAUAAUGCGGAAUUUUCUGCCAAUUUUAUCUUGACCAUUUUGGGCUUGGUGACAUUUCAAUACAUUUCAAUCCAGUAAUAGAAUUGGACAUACGAUUCACAUGUGACGUUUAACUCGACAACAUUGGCCAUUUUCUAUUUGAAUCGUGUCUGGUUCAAUUAAUGCAUUUAAAUGAUUUUUGAUGGAAUAUACCCACUUUGUUUUGCAGGCUUCAUAAGAUCAUCAUGAUCCAGAUAUUGUUCCCCCAGCAGAUACUGGUCCCCAUAAUAUACUGUCCCGAAUAAUACUCCCCCCCCCCCCCCAUCAGAUAUUGUUCCUCAAACGGAUACUAUCACACACAGUAUCACAAUCUGUUCCCUUGCUGAUCAGUUUGAUAAGUGUUUAACCAGACGGUUAGUGAGAUGAACAGGUUUUCUAAACUAAAUUCACUAGACAAACUAUAAAUCAGUAUUACAAGAUUACAAGUACUUAAAACAAUGCCAUGGCAAAGUGGUAACUACAUAAUAAUUAUCUAUUAAUUACUCUUUAAUUAAUUACACCAUAUUAUUAUGAACCGUAAAUUCGAGACAAGUAGCGCUAGAAACAAGAUUGAAAUCGUGUAACAGGUCCGUUCAAUAAUAAUUUUUCAAGAACAAAAUGAAUGGCCCCAUGAUGUCCGUGUGCUGUUGAUAGGUAGCUAGGUCAUUACCUACAGCAAAGCAAAUGGUUAAACUGAGCCAGAGCGAUGGCCGUGGUUGAAAUAAAUGACCAUAAUUACAUUAAACUGCAAACAUCUUUGUGCAGGAGAGGAAGUGAGUAGAGAGAGAGAAAAAAAAUAUCUCAUUAGGGUAAUGCACAGUGAAAUUUCACUCACAGUGCAGAAAGUCAUUUCACUCACAGUGCAGAAAGUCGUUAAUUGCUCUCCAUCUGUCUUCUUUUUUAGCCCAAGAAAAUGUAAACACAUUUAUAAUUUAAAAUAUCCAGGUUUACCAUCAUUGAACCCAACUCUCAGAGCACUUUUCAAACUUUUUUAGUUAUGGCUCAUUGCGUUCCAAAUGGACAGUUUAAAAGAAGACUACUGAUAUCAAGGCUAAAGGGCUGACUAUUGAUCACUCACAUGUAAGAGUACCAAGCUACAGUAUCAACCUGGACUCAGGGGUAGACGUAACAUUAAUUUGUGGAUAUCCAUCAUCCAUUUCGUAUGAUAUAUUACAAAUUACAAUUCGUAUAUAUUACGAAUUACAAUUCAUGUGAUAUGUUACAAAUUACAAUUUGUAUAAUAUCUUUUGAAUUUGCAAUACGUAUGAUAUGUUACGAUUUCCAAUUUGUUGUGGCUAACGUUAGCUAGGUGGCUAAUGCUAACCUUAGCUAGGUGGCUAACGUUAGCUAGGCUAGGGGUUAAAGUUAGGGUUAGGGUUGGGAUUUAGGUUAUAGGGUUAAGGUUAGGGAAGGGUUAGCUAACAUGCUAAGUAGUUGCAAAUUAGAGAGAAAAAAAGUAAGUAGUUGCAAAGUUUCUAAUUAGCUAAAAUGCUAAAGUUGUCCGUGAUGAGAUUCAAACACGCAACCUUAAGUAACUUUCUGUCUUAUGUACCCAUACCAAACGUAACAUAUCAUACUAAUCUGAGUGUCCCGGAUUUUUGUUACGUCUAGUCUAUGAAACCAGGCUGACAAUAUAUGGAACACUAGUCUUUGGUCCUGUAAUGCUGCGCCACUACAACCGUACAGAGCACUACAGAAAUGGUCUCUGAUGGUCAUGUCUACAUUAUGACAGCCUUUCCAACAGUGGCCAUUUGACUGACAUCUAGUGAUGGAGGAGAGCUCUGUUUAACAUUAAAAUCCCAUUAUGGACAAGAUUGUCAUUGACUGAUUUGUCCAUCUCUUUGACAUGAGUGACCUGUAAAUUGAGAGACGGGGAAGGGAUGGAAAAGAGAGAUAAAAGAAGAGUGAAUGAAUCAGGGUGACCUAUCAACUGAGAUCUAAGUACUUUAUGGAAGAUCUUAAAGUAUUAGAGUGACAAAUCAAUGAAUCAGGCCAGGGUUCAGAGGAGGAUGACACAAGAGUGGCAUGUUACUCUUCAUGCAGAAUUAUGAGGGAUCCAUGACCAUUCCAGUUGUCAUGACGUGUGUGUGUCUGCGUGCUUGUUCGAAUCUACUUUUGACUCAAGUGUGGCAGGCAUAUAUGUGAGCGCUGAAAAAUCAAAUGCGUAGGAUCAUACAGUACAUGUAUGUCUGUGAGCCGAACCUAAUCAUCUUCCAGUAGCAUCCCAUAAUUUAUUAGCAUUCAACAAGGGGGAUUAUGGUGUGUGUGAUGGAUGGACGUCGUUGAGGGGUCUGACAGCUGAUUAAUGCUUUAAUUAUCUUCAGUGAGUCGCUGUCACGUCCCUCUGAGCUGGCAGAGUGAGUUGUGUGCCGGGCUGUGCCCCAUCUCCCUGGCCCACCCAUUGUCAUCCACUCACCAGGGUCAUGUUCAUUAUCUCAGGUACACUAAUGAAACUAACCGUUUGGAAACGAACGGCCACAUGAUGAUUGAACAUGCACAGUGAACAUUUUGGAAACUUUUGUAGCAAGUGAAAAAGAUCCUGGAAUCACAAGGGCCUGGCAUCCCACAGAGUGUUGACAAGCUGUGCCAGGCUGCUCCCCUGCCCUGCCCAAUGUGUGUAAUGCCCCCAGGGUAGGGUUAGAUAAUCCCAUUCAAUUUAAGCGCAGUCAAUUCCACUUUAAUGCAGUCAAUUCCAUUUUAAUGCAGUCAAUUAAUGAAUCAGUCUUUUUAUGCAAUAAAAAUAUCCCCAAAAAUCAUAUUAAAGUUGCACAUCAGUAGUGAAUAGCGAUGCAUCAUAGCACCCACCUAGGUGGUGCUCAACAGCCAUUUUUCACCAGAACAUGUCAAACUCCACCCAGCUGUCACUCUCACUUCCGUGCCCUCUACUGGCAGCUUGUUCACCUGUCUCCGUCUGUCCAUCUCACCCACCCACCACAUUCACCUACCCCCUCUCAUGAUCAUGCCUUACAGGGAAAAGCUUUUACUUGAGGAUGUUAUGUCCUGCGGCUGUGCCUGUGGCCACUGUCACACACGGCUCGGUGGCUUAAUGUUUAUCUGAGUGGUUCCUCCUUAUGAAGGAAGUUUAAGAGGUGAAAACCCCAUGGCAGGUGUAAAUGUGAAUUUCAUUAAAAAGCUUUAAGUACGCCCAUCCAGAUUUGCACUCACGUUUAAAGCCGGUUGAAACUUACUUUUUCCUCAAGUUGUAAGCAUUUAUCAAGAUGUUACCAUGUGUUGUACAUUACCUGUACCUCAAGGGUCAUAGCAGUGUGAAGUUAGUAUGACAAUCUCUCUGUUUCACUCACUAUAUAUAGACUAUACAUGUGUCAUUAUUCAAUAGAAGCACAAAAAUACAGAUGGGUUUCCCUAACAAGGAUACAAAAAUGCCAUGCAGAUUGACUUUUAUUUACUUGGUGUAACAAAACAGAAUUUGACCAGUUAAUUUAAUUACAAUCCAGUGUUUCAUGUACCUAAUCUGCAGAUAUUGUGUGAGGCUGAGAGAUUACAUUCUGGUUACCAAAGUUGUUUGAAUAGCCACAUGGCAAAAGGGCAAUGUUGCUGACUUUUUAACUGCUUAUGUGUGGUGUUUGUAAUGCAUUGUACCUGAUGAUGUAUUUUGUCUUGUGUUACAGGUGUGUGACUGGUGCAAACACAUCCGCCACACCAAGGAGUACCUGGACUUUGGUGCUGGUGAACGGAGGCUGCAGUUCUGCAGUGCCAAAUGCCUGAACCAGUACAAGAUGGACAUAUUUUACAAAGAGACUCAGGCGGCGCUGCCAGGGGGCCUGUGUAACCCAGGACACGGCCCUGUGGAGGGCAAGUCGGAGAGCAGCACCGGGGCGCAGCUCCUCACCCCCGAGUCCUGGGGCACGCCCUUGGGUGACUUACGCCGCAAAGCGCCUUCCCCUGGGGGAAACCCCUCUGUGCCAGUCCCCUCCAGCUCCACCGCUGCCUCUCCCUCUGAGACAGGCACUGUCUGCUCCCCUUCCUCCUCGUUAGCCAAAAACCCCACGCCCAGACCCCACGAGAGCCCCACCUUACCCCCUCCCACACACCCCUCUCUGCACCCUCCCAUGGGAGUCCCCUUGGGUAGCCCCCCCAUGGUGAUGACACCCCAGGGGCCCGUGCCCCUGCCCUUCUUCAUGGAGCACCAGAUGAUGCAGCAGAUGCGUCCGCCUUUCCUCCGCCCACCUCCCCACGCCCCAGGCCCCAACAGCCCCCUUUCCAACCCCAUGAUCCCUGGCAUCGGACCACCACCACCACCGCCCAGAACCCUGGGUCCCCCAUCCAGCCCUAUGCACAGGACACAGUUCUCACCCCACCACCACCCCUCCAACAACCCCAACCUGGGAGGGAACCCCCCAGGAAUGAUGCCACCCCAUCCAGGCCUACAUAUACCCGGUUUUCCCUUCCCCUCCAACAUGAUGCCAAACGGGCCCAUGCUUAUGCCACCCAUGAUGAACUUUGGUAUGCCUUCCCUCGCCCCCCUGGUGCCCCCGCCAACCCUGCUGGUCCCUUACCCUGUCAUCGUGCCCCUGCCGGUGCCCAUCCCUAUCCCCAUACCCUUCCCCUUCAACCCUAAGACCUCCAAGGACAAACCCAGCAACAACAACGACCCCAUUCCCAGUGCAUCAGGGGAGGACCCCAGGCCCUUCUCCCCUAGUUCCUCCAGAGGGGAACACAAGUUUGGGCCCUCCAGUUCCGGGGUGCACUCCCCGGGCUUCUCUGGCUACGCUCUGGCCCGCUUUGGCUCUGAGAGGAGUAGGACUGACAUAGUGGACCUGACUGUGAAGACUGAGAGUCCGGGGAGUGCCUCCACCGCGGCCUCCCUCCCCGAGGGCGUGAUCGACCUGACUCUGGGCCGGCGGUCGCGGUUGCAGCAGGUCAUCCAGCGGGUGGUGCCCAGUGUCCUGGUGAAGGUGGAACCAGAAGGGGACUCAUCCCGCCCCCCACCUUCUGGACCAUCCCCUCUGGAUGCCUCUGGGCAGAGGAAGGGGGACAGCAGCCUAGAGGACAUGAGCCAGGAGGUCAGGGAGGCCAUUAGUGACUCUCUGGAGCCAAGCUUCCUGCCUUGUCGCCAGGCCACAUCACCAUCCCCCCAGCCAAAUCAAAACUCCUACACCAACCAGCUCACAAAUCACCCUGGCACCCCACGGACUCAGCCCUGCAGCCCACCUGCCCCCUGUGAUGUCAUAGUAAACGGCAGCAGUCAACCCACAGACGGCCCCAGCCGGAGCACGCUACCCACACCUCUGUCUGACCCUGGCCAGAGAGGAGGAGGAGGCGGUGGCGAGCCGGCCAACUGCGAGCUGGAGCGGGAGACGCUGAAGGAGAACAGCUGCUUGGUGCCAGAGUGGGAACCAGGUAAGAGGGGCCCAAGUGAGGAGGCAGUGCAGGGGGGCACUGGGGAAGGCACGCUGGAAGCCAACGGCGACCUUAUGGAUCUGGACGAUGAUGACGACCACGCCUAUGCACUGCUGCUGCCCAAGGCUGGCUGUGUCAUCCAGCCCCUGCCAAAGCCCAGCGACAAGACGGCCAUCGUGUCCUGCAGCAUCAGCGCUCCCCUGGCGGCAGGGGCAGGGAGCCCCGAGCUGGAGCCGCAGCUAAAGAGGAGGUGCCUGCGAAUACGCAAUCAGAACAAAUGA